AUGGAUACCUUCCGAGUCCGCCUCAACUGCGUGGAUCACUACCAAGCUACCCCAGUUGACGGUUUAGAUCCUCUUGUACCCCUCGGCACCGGCAACGAGAAGUCCAAUGACAGACCUCGGAUAUCCGUCAUUCGCGUCUUCGGCGCAACCCCGACCGGGCAGAAGGUGUUGAUGCAUAUCCAUGGGGCCCUUCAAUAUACCUACAUCGAGUACAGCGGCAGUCUGGUCCCCCAGGACGUCGACGUGGCUAUUCGUACGCUGCAGCUCUCCAUCGAUCACGCUCUGGCCGUGAGCUACCGCAAGAACAUCUACGAAGGGAAGCAUCGAUAUGUUGCCCACAUCUCCUUGGUCAAGGGCAUUCCAUUCUAUGGCUUCCACGUCGGAUACAAGUUCUACCUCAAGAUAUAUCUGCUGAAUCCACUGCACAUGACGAGACUGGCUGAUCUGUUGCGAGAAGGGGCAGUCAUGAAGAGAGUGUUGCAGCCGUACGAAAGUCACAUGCAAUAUCUCGCGCAAUGGAUGUGCGACUACAAUCUUUAUGGGUGUGGCUAUAUCGACUGCCAGAAAGUCAAGUUUCGUGCGCCGGUCCCUAAAUAUGCCGAUUUGACCAAUCCAAUGCAUCAAUGGCACGACCUUUCAAUUCCCUUGGACGCCAUUUUCGACAAUGCCCACCUACCCAAACAGAGCCAUUGUUCGCUCGAGGUGGACGUGCAUGUCAAGGAUAUUUUGAACCGCAACGACGUCCACGCUCGCACAUUACACCACGACUUCAUCGAGCGCAUUCAUUCCAUCCCGUCGGACGCCAAGCUGGUGCAGAGCAUGGCUGGGCUCUGGAAGGAUGAGACUCGACGGCGAAAAUUGAGAAUGGGGCUCAAGGACCCGAAUAGCAGCCCGUUCCCUCCUGAAGUUCUGAUAUCUAUGUCGGCAGAUCCGAGAAAUAAGGCUGACGGAGGUUGGAUCCACGAGCACGAAUUUCGUGACAAGGUCGCCGAGCUCGCGGCGGAGGAGUUGGACAAAAGUGAUAAGCAGAAGAUUUCUUUCGAGACCUUUGUGAAGCCCACAUCCCUCGAAAACACCGUUCGCACAGCGUUAGAGAGCAUCGACGACCUGUAUCCGGACAGAAUCUGCAUGCUCCAGCAGACAAAUCUGAAUGACAGUCUCAAUGGUAACAACGCUGCGCAAGAGGAGCACCGCCAGACUGUGAUUGAUCAGUGCCUACCGGGGCAUCUCGGAGACGGCUCGGGCUCAAGCAUGAAUGGAGACGGCACCGAGGAAGGAUCGUCUGAUCGGUCGCCACAGACAGAAGGCCAGAAUGACAACAACUCCAAACCUGCCGACAGGCAAGUCUUAACACCCAUCAGCUCCUCUGAAUAUGAACGAUAUGGCAUUCGCCCUGCCGGCGACACGGAUCAUCUUGAUGAAGAUGCAUUUGAAGUACCACCAGAAUAUCUGAACACUCAUACUGGCGUCACAAACGGCACCAAGAGGGCACGAUUUGGAGAGGCACCAACGUUCAAACCGAGGAAAAGACAGAAGCACUUAGUUGAUGGCGAGAACAUUUUGCCUGACGUCGGGCAUUGGGACUCGGAGGGGGACCCAGAUCUCUCGCAUGAGGAAGACAUGAUCGAACCUGGCGCAGAGCCAACGGAGGAAGAGAUGCGAAACAUCCCGUUGCCUCAAGAUACCGUCGAGCGUAUUUCACUCAGGGGCCAACAGCCCAGGUCAAAGAACGCGCUUGUAGACGGACCGACCUCUGCGAAUCUCUCGCAACAAUCGACAUUGUCUUUUCCAACGGUAAAAGAUCCCACGGAUCCUGCUACUAUACUCCGACUGAGCCAGAAGAGCGCUGCUUCACAAAACACCUCCAAGGGCUCAACUAUUGAGCCUCCCGUAUCUCCGGCGACAUUGAAGACGCCCGCAAAAUCUGCGUCCACGGCCUCAGAACAAACCCAAAUGCCUCUCACCCUAGGUGCAAGCAUCAGGUCGUCCAAUUUGAUCCAGCUCAGUCUCCACGGCCUUCCAAAAUGGCAGGCAGGCAAUCGUUUUCAAUUGUAUCAGCCUCGCCCGCCAAGCUUCAGACAGGUCGAGUCGACUAUGUGGCAGAAUGGUCUACCGGAUGUGAUCUACCAAGAAGCAUAUUACAGCCAUGAGGAAGAUGUCCCUAACCAGUCCAGAGAAUACGCUGGUCGCGAGUUCAAGCUUGAGAGUGCAACCGUGCCGUAUCUACCUGACUUUGAUGCCACAGGGACGUCCUUGGCAACAUUUGGUCGGAAACCUCCCUCACUGCUAGAUUCUGCAGCAGAAAGGGUUCGCGAUAAUCAGAGACGCAAACGCUGUACCAUUUCUGAAUGGGUCAUAGCUGCCACUCCCCCUCGGAAAGUAGAUGUACUCUCCUGGUUGCAAGAAGAAAAUGAUGGAAAAGUCAACGGGAAGCAACCUGGCAAGCUUCUGGCGCGAGGCAGGGCGCUUUCGCAAAUUGAUGGUCCAACGCAGAAGAAUGCACACGGCUUCAAAUAUUCUCAGAAGCAGCCCAGUACCAGCGUACAGCACGAGACGCAGUAUAUGAACGUGAUGAGCUUGGAGGUACAUGUCAACACUCGAGGUUCUCUUGCACCGAAUCCUGAUGAAGAUGCUAUUGCUUGUAUAUUCUGGUGUGCGCAGACCGACGAUGACGGUAUUGACACCGAGCCAGGCAAGAGCGGCCUCCAUAUCGGAAUUCUUGCUGUUGCUGGUGAUUCGCAGACCGCCAAGAGGAUAUCUCGCAAUGUCCCUUAUGACGUUGAGGAAGAGCCCACCGAACUUGACGUUCUUACAAGAUUUGUCGACAUUGUGAGGUUCUACGACCCUGAUAUCCUGACCGGUUAUGAAGUUCACAAUAGUUCAUGGGGGUAUCUCAUUGAAAGAGCACGAGUCAAGUACGACCUCAAUUACUGCGAUGAGCUGUCCAGAAUGAAGUCUCAAUCCCACGGUAGAUUUGGCAAGGAAGACGACCGCUGGGGCUUCAACCACACCUCGACAGUUCGUGUCACUGGUCGACAUACGAUCAAUAUCUGGAGAGCUAUGCGUGGCGAACUGAACCUGCUUGGCUACACUAUGGAAAACGUUGUCUAUCACUUGCUACGUCAAAGGAUACCUCAUUAUAGCUUUGCUGAUUUGACAAAGUGGUACAAAAGCAAGAAUCCUCGCGACCAGGCCAAAGUCAUUGAGUACUUCACUUCGAGGGCACAGAUCGACAUCGAAAUUCUCGAAGCUAACGAAUUGAUCCCGAGAACGAGCGAGCAGGCACGGCUGUUGGGCGUUGACUGGUUCUCAGUCAUAUCGCGCGGUUCACAGUUCAAGGUAGAGUCCUUGAUGUUUCGCAUAGCAAAGCCGGAGAACUUUAUCCUAGUUUCGCCCAGUCGCCGGCAAGUUGGUGGCCAGAAUGCGUUGGAGUGCUUGCCACUGGUCAUGGAGCCUCAAAGCGACUUCUAUACCAGUCCAUUGCUGGUACUCGACUUUCAGUCUCUUUACCCCAGCGUCAUGAUAGCCUAUAACUAUUGCUACUCGACUUUCCUUGGCCGAGUCGUCGGCUGGCGAGGUGCCAACAAAAUGGGCUUCACAAACUAUCGUCGGGAACCCAGAUUGCUAGAGUUGCUCAAGGAUUACAUCAAUAUCGCACCAAACGGGAUCAUGUACGCCAAGCCCGAGAUUCGCAAGUCCCUACUGGCAAAGAUGCUGAGCGAGAUUCUCGAGACCAGAGUCAUGGUCAAGAGUGGGAUGAAAGUGGACAAGGAUGACAAGACGUUGCAGAGGCUGUUGAAUAACAGACAACUUGCCCUGAAGCUUAUUGCCAAUGUCACAUACGGCUACACAUCUGCAUCGUUUUCUGGAAGGAUGCCGUGCUCCGAGAUCGCCGACAGCAUCGUACAGACCGGUCGCGAAACGCUCGAGAAGGCGAUUGCUCUGAUCCACUCGGUUGAGCGGUGGGGUGCGGAAGUGGUAUAUGGUGAUACCGACAGUCUCUUCGUCUACCUCAAGGGCCGGACAAGAGAGCAAGCCUUCGACAUUGGUGAAGAGAUUGCCGACACAAUUACGCAGAUGAAUCCUCGGCCGGUGAAGUUGAAGUUCGAGAAGGUCUAUCAUCCGUGUGUUUUGCUUGCGAAAAAAAGAUAUGUGGGAUUCAAGUACGAAAGUCGAAACCAGACCGUGCCGGAUUUUGACGCUAAAGGCAUCGAGACUGUCCGCCGAGACGGCACUCCGGCCGAGCAGAAGAUUGAGGAAACCGCAUUGAAACUGUUAUUUCGCACCUCUGAUUUAAGUCAGGUCAAGGCAUUUUUCCAGUCUCAGUGUGCCAAAAUCAUGCAAGGCAGAAUCUCGAUCCAGGACUUCUGUUUUGCUAGAGAAGUCAAGCUCGGGACUUACAGUGACAAGGGCCCGCCGCCUCCUGGUGCACUCAUUAGCGCUCGAAAAAUGGUGGAGGAUCCGAGACUGGAGCCUCAGUACGGAGAACGAGUUCCAUAUGUGGUUGUCACAGGGGGACCAGGCGCGAGGCUAAUCGAUCGUUGCGUGGCACCGGAGGUCUUGCUCAACGACGCGUACUCGGAGCUCGAUGCGGAAUAUUACAUAUCAAAGAACAUCAUUCCACCUCUUGAGCGGAUCUUCAACUUGGUAGGGGCCAAUGUUCGCCAGUGGUACGACGAAAUGCCGAAAUACCAGCGUAUCAGGAGGGUGGACGCUGGCCCUGGAACAGACGGGAAAAUUGGUGGAAGGCCCCAAAAGACGCUGGAGUCGUACAUGAAAUCAUCGACAUGUCUUGUCUGUCGCGAACGACUGGAAACUCCGGCCCCGCUAUGUGACAGGUGCUCUCGGCGAUCCGCAGCAACCAUGCUAGCACUACGCUCGAGACUCAUGAAAGCCGAGAGAAAAGCGGCACAACUAGCCAAGGUGUGUCGGUCUUGCUCGGGAUUCGGGUGGAAUGAAGAAAUACGAUGUGAUAGCAAGGACUGUCCUGUCUUCUACUCACGAACGAGACAGAAGACUGCUCUUGCGAAUGAAGAAGCCCAGAUUCUACCUGUUUUGGAAACACUAGAGAGGGUCAAGGACGAAGGGAUAGAUUGGUGA